AAUAGUUUACUUACAGGGGAGUCCCCAGAAAGCAGCAUGUCCUCUCUGUUCUUUUGGGCUGAACUGCUGGUUCUGAAUCUAGUGAUCUCUGCAAGGAGCCAGAAGACAGAAGGUUCUGGGGAUCAGCCACUCUUCCAUGGAGCCAAUCGAUAUGACUUUGCCAUCAUGAUCCCUCCAGGAGGCGUAGAAUGUUUUUGGCAAUUUGCCCACCAGACGGGAUACAUGUAUUUCAGUUAUGAGGUUCAACGGACACUGGGAAUGUCACACGACCGGCAAGUUACUGCCACUGCACAUACGCCCCAGGGUUUUCUCAUAGACACCUCUCAGAAUGUUCGAGGCCAAAUUAACUUCUCUACCCAAGAGACAGGUUUUUAUCAGCUUUGUCUAAAAAAUCAGCAAAAUCACUUUGGUUCUGUGCAAGUAUACCUCAAUUUUGGAGUCUUCUAUGAGGACCCUGAAAUGGACCAUAAACAAAGUAAUGAAAGAAAACAACUGAAUGAUACUCUGGAUGCAAUCGAGGAGAGUACACGGAAGGUGCAAAAGAACAUAUUUCACAUGUGGCGACACUACAACUUUGCCCGUAUGAGGAAAACAGCUGACUUUUUCCUUCUCCAAUCAAACUAUAACUAUGUGAACUGGUGGUCAACAACCCAGAGCCUUGUCAUUGUUCUUUCUGGGGUCCUGCAGUUGUAUUUCUUGAAGCGUCUCUUCAAUGUCCCAGCAACUACAGACACAACGAAGCCAAGAUGUUAAGCCAACUAAAUUACCAUGGCUCUCUUCUCCUGGGGCAGUAUGUUUGUGACAGCUUUACUUUAGUCAAAUCAGCUUUGCAAAAUUAUUGUAAAUUAUAAAUUUUCUAGUCAGAAAGCUUUUGUCUGCCCUCCCUGCUGGUGCAACAGG